CCGUCGAUGGUGGACGUGUUGCGGUAUCUCGUGUUUGUGUUAGCGAGUGAAGCGACAUUACGAUGUUCUGUGUCGUGAUUAAUUUUGUGCUUGUUUUGUGAAUUUAGAAAUUAGUGUAUUAAUUUUGUGUUGGAACUCAAGUUGGAAUCCAGCCGGGUUACUGGCGGUUCUCCAAAUAACGUAUUAGAAAGAGUGCUUCAUCGCCUGCACGGCUUUGAUGGUAACCUGAGACGUUAGUCUUCAUUUUGAUAGUGAUAACUGCGAAAACUGUCCGGAUGACUUGGCAAUAGAUGAUAACCAUAACAUUAGCUACAAGGUCGAUAAUGCGUAAUUUACUAAGCAUUACGCUUGUAACAAUCGCAUUCGACUACGUGUACUCCCAAGAGAAUAGAGAGCAUCUAGGUCCACAGCCAUGUGGUGGUUAUUUGCGGAGUCACGUGGGUACAAUACAAACACCAAAUUUCCCGAAUCCAUUUCCAGUGCCUAUCAAAUGUCGUUGGAUUAUUGAACAUGAUGUUAUCAAUGGCACGAUAUCGGUAUAUUUUACACAACAGUACACCACUAGUGGACUCACGUUCACUGAAUAUAUGUACUAUGAUGAAUCUUAUAAGCUUGGUGAACGAAGAGCUUUGACGGUGACUGAAGAGAACAUCACUAAGAUAAAAUGGUUACAGGUCCAAAGCCCCGUCCUUGUAGUGGAAUUAACAUUAGAUAGGUUAGAAGGAACACAAUUGAGAGCGCUCGGUCUGCUCUCUGUCUUUGGCUUCAAUGUGACAUACGUCGUACAGAAACCUCAAGAGCCGCCAGGACCCCCGUCUUGCAGUGCUAUCGAAUGUCGACUCUUAGGACACUGCUAUGCCAGACAUGACUAUAAGGAAUUCUUCUGCUCGUGUUUCGAAGGGUACUCAGGAGUCGACUGCGGCGUGGGUCCAUUGUGUCCAAAGACAUCUAAUAUGUGCAAAAAUGGUGGAACAUGCAGACAGAUGGGCCCCGCUGCUGUGAGUUGUAUCUGUGCACACGGCUACACGGGUGAUCUCUGUGAAUCGAAAAUUGCCGCACCAGAGUGUGGAAUAGAAGAAUGUUACGAGGGUUGUAUAAAUAAAAACGGUUGCGAUUGUAAUCCAAGAGAAAACGAUUUCACGUCAGCGAGAUUCGAAACAAGAUUGCAGAUUGUUGACCAAGGAAGUAUUAAUAUCUCGCAAGAAAUUAGUAGACAGGUAACAAGUUACUUGAAAGCGUCGAAUAUAACUUUAGAUGACGAGAUUGAAAUAUUAAACAUAAGUGAUGUGGAUACGAACGGCGGUCGCUCAGUGUGGUUGCGCGUGUGGAGCGCGCGGAGAGAGGCGGGCGCGCUGCGUGCCGCGCUGUCCCGCCUUGCGGCGACGCGUGCCCGUACAGAUCGCCUCCGAUUACUACCAGCAACUCUACACUUUGAUAUGCAACCUGCGCUCAGUCUUCAUGCUUUAAUAGUUAACCAACGUCCAGAAGUUUGGGAAGGCUCCGAGUUCAUUCUCAGCUGUAUGGCUUACGGUUCACCCGACAUUAACUUCACUUGGUACAAAGAUGGCGUGAAGAUCAACUUUAACGGAACAACUAGAGACAUAUGGACGCGUACGGUAGCUGAAGAUGCGCUGGGAAGACGGAUGUCAGUUCUUGGGGUAUCAGAAGCUAGAACUCUUGAUAGUGGACGAUGGUCAUGUUCAGCUGAUGACGCGGGCAGACGGCGCUGCAGAGCUUUACGACUGUUGGUUCUACGUCCACCUGAUAUACGUCUAGUGCCUUCUGCUUUAACUGUCAAUAAGGGUGAUAACGUAAGCAUAACAUGCUUGGCCGGCGCUGGCAGAAUACAUGGCGCCCUUGGCUUCAGUUGGGCUAGAGAGCGAACACUCUUAAAACUUGCUCCUGGAAGAGAAGUCUGGGAAGACUUAUACCCUGCUGGAAGCGUGUUGAAAUUAUAUAAUGUACAAAAAUCUAGCGAGUUUCGGUGCCAAGUUUCAUCAGUAGCGGGAACUAAUUCGAAAGGUGUCACGAUGUGGGCUCUUGGAGAGAAGGAUGAAGCGUGUCACUCUGAAGCAUCGCACGGUCUUCGCUGGCCGAAGACUGCGCCAGGGGCUCAUGCUACUGCGACGUGCCCACCUGGACAUACUGGAGAAUCUACAAGGUUCUGUGAGCCGAAAACAACACAACAUGGUGUGAAAUGGAUGCUUCCAGAUUUUUCUGGUUGUAUAGCUGAUUCAUUGCGUGACAUUUAUGAGCAGUUUACACGUGUCUCCUACGGCUACUCUUGGUCUAAUGUGUCCGAUAUUGCCCAUCAGUACGGCGCCAUACUUCGUUCUUUACCAGCUCAUCCUGGGGAAGGUGCAAUACCGUUACGUCAUUCCCGGAAUAUGGUCCAGUAUUUAGUAUCAGCAGCUGGUAGUCCAAGAGACAGAGUUGAAAGUACAGAACAUUUGCUAAAAAUUUAUGAUACCCUGCUGAAACAUCCUGACGCAUUCCUUGAUGAAGAGAAAAUUUACGAGCUACAAAACGCAGUCGUCGAAACGGCUGGGAUGAAAGAGAAUUUGGAUAUUAUGAAUCAAGAAUUUACAGUACAAACUAAAUCUGUAAAAGACGACAAUGCUGCCCACUUCAAUUUUGCACCCACAUCUGGCCACGAAUGGAUUCUCACAUCUGCCGGUGUGGAGUUAAUAGCCCGGACCGGGAACGCUUCGGUCGUGCUGGUGCAUUAUAACGACUUAACUUCUAGAUUACCUUCUUUAAGAAGAUCGAUUGAGCUUAACCACUCAUUUUCGAGAAAUGGACGUGAACUGGAAUACAUUCCGGCGUCACAGCAAAUACAAGUCUCCGCUUACGGAGGCGUGGAUCAAUCUUUGCAGCACUCGGUUUCCCUACUAUUUACACAUUCCAAAAACUACAGUGCGAUAGCCUCGAAGUUGGCGUGCGGUUUACGAACACCAUCGGAACCUCGAGCGUGGAAUAUCAAGGCGUGCGAAGUUCGUAUUCCAGAAUCUGCGUUCGUGUCGUGUCGAUGCCGAGGUUUCGGUACCUUUGCGCUCUUCACUAUAGCUAGAUCCAAACUGACUGACGUAGAAAAGGAUCUACGAGGGGUGGUCAAGGUGACGGUCGGUCUGGGCGGAGCGAUGUGCCUGACCGCAGCGGCUUUGCAACUCCUAGCACUGGUGCCUGGAAGGAAGCCUCGACUGCCGGUGCUGCUGAAGGCCGCCACAGCGGGCACGCACUCCGCUGCAAUACUCACGUUGUUGGAAUGUGAUACUAGACAGGAGGAGGCAUGUCCGGGCGCGCUGGGCUGGGUGUGCGCGGCGUGCUGGUGCGCUGGCUGCGCCGCGCUCUGCGCUCAACCUCUCAUGCUACAAGCGGAGCUGGCUGGCAGAGGUCAGCGCGCACCCUCUGUAGGCCUGGUCGCAGGUGUCAGUACGCUCGCGUGGCUGACAGCGCGGCUGUGGGGCGGAGCGCCGCUGCAAAUAGGCUCAGCUGCGCAAGUUGUGUGCGCGGCGGGAUGCAUUCUUCUAGCAAUGUUGUGUUUUACUUUAGCUUUAUGUGUAUCUUUACGAUUGAGGACUAUAACGCAUAAAAUACCAGCCGAGAGAAGAACAUAUCUUAAAGAUCGUCGUCGCGUGGUGCGCCACACGCUAGCGCUGCUGUUCACGACGUCGGCGGCGCAGGCGACGGGCGUGCUCUACGUGCAGCCGGGCACACAUCACAUCGCACAGGUCGCCGCAUUCUCUGCCGCGGUACUCGCUAAUGGUGUGGCUAUGCUGGUAUGCUACGUGAUCCAUGAUGACGAGUGCCUGCAAUCUGCCAAGCGGGUGCUGUCGCUGCCCUCGCACCGAGACUGGGAAGACUCGCGCGCCGGCGAUACUUCACUUAGCUUGUACAUAAAGCAAGGCGGCGAGGUGGAGAGUCGCGGUGGAGUUGGUAUUCUGGAGUCGUCAUCCUCACCAGUAUCCCCUGUCGCGUCCUACUGGCGCGCGCCUGGCUUGGAGAGUCCCGCGGGAAUGCAUAGACGACAAUCUACACCGGACAGUCGAGCGGACAUAGUGCGUUGUGUAGAAUUUAAAGAUUCAGUAUUAACACCGCAGCGCUAUGAAACACGACAUAUAACCACAACGCAUGCGGUCUGCGAUCUUAUACCGCAAUCACCACCUCAGAGAGACUACAUCGCACGAGUAUGUCUCGAACUAGGAGUUGUUAAUAGUCCCCCACCUAGAGAAUCUCCUGUUCCACUCCUCGCUUGCUCCGUAGACUUCGAACCUUAUGAAAAAAGAUUCGAUACAUCAAAGGAAUCUUGCUCAAUAUGUGUACAAUCGAAUCCGGAUGUCUCGAGGAUACCAUCACCGCCAAUAAAGAGCUGCUUAAAAAAGAAUAAGAACCAAGAAUUCAAUUCGAGCGUAUCUCUGCCGUCCAUGGACGUGGUGAGUGAUGAACCCAAAGUGAAAUCAGAUAUAGAUCAAGUAAAUAAACAAUGGAAUAUAGCGUACGAUUCACCUGAAACAAAUAAAAUGUUAAAUAAAAUAUCAAACGAUUUAGAUUUCCUAUUAAACAGAACACGAUUGACCAAAAACAAUUUGAACGAUCAUAUAGAAAAAGCCCCAACUUAGUUUAUGGUCUAAUGUUUAAUUUAAUUAAUUAUUAAUAUUAAAAUGGAUACAGGGGUGAUUAAGAUAAAUACAAUUUUUAAAUUAUGUAAAUAAUUUUUAUCUUUAAUCUAGAUGUUAAAAUGUGUUUUAAACUUUGACGUUAAACAAGACGAAGCAAAUUUGAUACUCAUG